AGAUGGUUACUUUCAUAAAUUUGUGAGAUGGAAGUUUUUUCUUAGAAUAAAUAUUGACGUUUUAUAGAAAAGUGGAAGCAAGUAUAGAAUUCAUUCCUACAGAAUGUAUUAUUUAGUACAGUUUGUUGGAGAUUGUGUGUACCAUGUUUGUGAAAAAAAGGACAUCAAAUUUCAAGGGAAAAUCAAAUGUGCCAAAUGGGGAAACCAUUAUUAUGAAGUGAAUGUACUAUUCAUGUUUGACGCUCUAACAGUAGUACAAGAAUUACAUUUAAAUCUAACACAAUCGCUUCCCCGAGUUGUACUUGACAAACUUUGCUCUGGUUUGCCACCUUCGACACCAGUUGAACAAAAAUUAGAUAAUGGAAUGAAGGAACCAAGAUAUAGCUCUGAAAUAUCAGAAAGUGAUAACGAUCCCUUUGAAACCGAUGAUGAUGACUCUUACUACCCAAGCUCUGGUGAGUUGAAUAAUAAUUGUGACACACCCACUAGAAACAUUGAAAGUGUUGUUAUCAAUAGAUAUAUCAAACAGAGGAAAAUUGUCUUUGAUACUGAAUUCGGAUAUUCUGCAGAAGACACUGUGCAAAUCAACAAUUUUGAUCAGUCUAUUCAUUGUAGUAAUAGUACCCCUGAAACAGAAGCAUCUACAGGUGUUCUCAAACAAAAAAAUGAUUCAAGUAGAAAAAGUAAAGUUCAUUCAUGUUUGUACUGCGGCCAAAAUCAAACCAAGCUAACAAGACAUCUUGAACGAAAACAUUCUGAAGAGGAAUUAGUCAAAAUGGCUCUGAAAUUAAAAGAAG